GACAAGUCUGAAUUGUGACGUUCCUGAGGUGAAGAAACGGGCAUUUUAUGUCCGAUAAAAAUGUACAUGUGACGGUGAAGAGGUGAAGCACAGCAAGGUAGCUGCUGGUCGCUCACCUCAUUCUCAUCAACAACCAACACCUAUACAUCGUCAUUCUUUACAACCCUGUCGCUGGCCUGAUGAAUGCAUCCAUGCUCAAAGAUCGUUUGCUUAUUGAAUGGAAUCAACAAAAUACUACUCUUUAGCUGGCUUUUGCACCAGCUAUGGCCCAGCAGAGGUUGAGCUGAUCAAGGCAAGCAGCAACUCUGUGUCCCUCACAUGGACGCGAAAAUGAUCGAGACAGUGAAUACUUGACAGCUGUCAAGUUAGUAAUUCUAAUUUUAUAAGGGAAUAUGACCAGAAAACGUUACGAUGCAGUUCAUCUAGCUCCUGGCUACUGCCGUAGGCCAUGGACCAUGGUUCACAUGGAUUCUUGGCUGUGACCAUCCUCUACUCGCUCGUACACCACAACACAAGGAUCUCGUCCUCUUCCGAUCUUCCCAAGUCAGUGCAAGAAUAGAGGGCAGCUCACCACUUGCCUGCCCCCCACGCACCAAAACCAACUUGAUUCUCAGAUGGGAUGGGCUCCCUUGAGAGAGUGCUCCAGGGGCCCGAACCUAUCAGAAUUACUAUUCGUCGUUGACUCCUACAUCACGAGCCGAUCUCAGGAUGAUUGUGACGCACUCAUAUCGAAGAAAUAUCAGAUUCAUAAUAGUAACCAAGUGAGAGCAUGGUUGUCAUGCGGCAGCGUUACAUGGUACAUUUCCCGAUGCUCUGUGCUCAAAGGGCCACAACUCAGACGUGUUCAGACAUGGAGGACAGCUGAUUCCUUCCAGCUUUGGCAAUAUGCUUCCUGCAGUCGCUGUCGUGGAACGACCUCGGCCACAAUCACAGAUGCCAUCUGCACUUUACGGGCUCUGCCGUACCUGAACAGAAGCAUGCGUGCCUAUGUGCAUCGGACAUUGGGCCAAGAUCUGCAACUAAGCAGCCCUCAAGAGCAUUUCCUGACGUGACUCUGUCCAUCUCCCGUGGAUAACGUUGAUCAAUGUUUUUCCGAUGGAGCUCUACUACUGUACACGCAGGCAAAUGGCAUUGUUUUUCAGAGCACCUCGAGCUUAAGAAAUGAUUAGCUGCCAGCAUAGGGUUUUGAAAGUCAAGCUGCCGGCAAAGAGAGAAGAGAGAGAGAGAGAGAGGUCAAAGCCACCUCAGGUGUCCCGAACAGAGCUACCAAGUCAGGAUACCCCACCUUAUGCGUGUCCAUCAACGUUUCUGCCGUCAUAGCCAACUCGGCCAACUGGACUAGUCCCCAAGUUGGCCAUGGCGCCGGACCUGGUCUCAGACGGCAAAACCCUGCCUGCAGGGCUGGGCUCGAUCGAGGGACAUGCCCUUCCCGUUCGGCUUAGAGAUAGCGAUACUUGGAGCAGUUGAAGUUACUCUUUAAAAGGUAAGAUCAGGAAGAGAGUUAAUAACGUGGGUUUACCCUUAUCGUGCCCUCCAUUGUCUGGUCUGGUCUGGUCUGGACUCACUUCUAACAUUUCUCAAUUCCCUCGCAAACCUCUUCGCCUUUUGUAAAUCUUGCCUGCACUCUAAGAACCAAAUCAAAGUUUACCGGGUUUUCGGACACUGGCUGCGCUGCUCCUUUGUCUCUUGUUCUUCUCCAGCUUAUUAGCCCAAACCUUGCAACAACGCUGAGACCAAACAUCUUCAUGAUCGAGCUAGUCACUCAAUUUCUACAUUGCGCCGACUUGUCGCAAGCUACAAAGCAGUUUGACUCUGCCAACCGUAGAACAUUUGCAUUGCACUCCAUCUACACUUUGACCCAAUCCCGUUGCACAAGGGCCCUGGACCUCUCCAAUGCUAGCCGUUCAUCAUGAACGCGCAGGUAUCAUUUCUUGAUGGCACAUAUACGCUGAUUCACAUUCCUCUCAGCCUCUACUCGACCCUGCUCCAGCCAAUCCUCCGAGUACUUCUGCCACAAUCUCAGGGAACGGGAGGUCUGCGCGAUUCGCCCGAGUACGAGUUGCAGGGUCUCACGCCUGAUGGCCAGCAUGGCUUUCUGAACAUUAGCAUCACUCCUCUUGAGUGUUCUGUUGUCUGCCACACCUCAUGGGCUCAAAAUGUCUUCGAGCCAGUCCUCAAAGCUAUGCCGCGCGACACUGCGAAAGCUGUUUCCGUUUCCAAAGAAUCCUAUAUGGUACUUUCAGUCAUAAGUGCUGGGCUCGAUGCCGGCGGUCGUGUGAUGGAACUGACCUCUCCGCUGGCCCUUGCUGGUAUCCCCAUCUUCUUCAUCACGACAUAUUACUCGGACUUCAUCCUGGUCCCUACAAAGGAGCGGGAAAACGUGGUCAAGUCUCUCAUUGCAAAAGGCUUCGAGCUGUCCGACAACGAGUCCAACUUCAUCACUUCCGCUGCCAAUCACAAGCAGGGCCCUGGAUUGUCUGUAACUUCUCCGCCACAUGAAGGCCUCCCUCUCAAUGUCGCCGAGUUGCAAACACGGAUUUUUGGUACACUUAAGAAGAGGCAUGUGGCGCCUCAGAUUGAGGAAGCGCUUGAAUUAGUGCAAUGUUCCGGUCGCGAAGCAUCGCAGCUUGCAAACUUCACCCAUCAGAGGCCUUCAAUCAGCCGCCACGCAACAGGAAACGGCCGCCGACCAAGUUGGGCAGACAAUGUGGACACAAAGCUCUAUACAUGCAUCAUCUCAGCGCUCGUAUCGCAGCCUCGAUUUAUGUCCGUCACUCUUGCUCAGGAUGACCCGCCAUCCCUGUUGCUCGACAAGAAUCUUCUCGACAUAUUUGGCGACUCCCUCGUCGGGGACACAGAUGCUAGCCUGAUACCGAUUUUCCUGGACUUGAAGACUCUUCCUCUCGAGGCCACAGGUAUUGUUUGCGGUGUCGCUGGUAUACUCGUACAAGACACUCAGAUAGCGGCAAGUUCUGAAUUAUCCUAUCUCUCUACUGCUCAGGCAGGUGCUGUGAUUCUUUCUGAAGAGCAGUCCGUCAGGGCCAUGGGUAUAUUGAAGCCAUUGCUCAGUGAAGAGCUGUAAUGCUUUGAGCUUGAUCAAUACACAUUCCAUAGAAGAUAAGACUGUCACAAUGAUGUAAAAUUAGGGAAAGCUCACAAUCUAUGAGCAGAUGACCAAUGGCGCAACGGAGAUGGUGUUUGUUUCUAAAGAAGCCAUGCUGUUGGAUUUGUGUAAAAUCAUUAUUUGACUUGAGAAUUUUUGUGUUUUGUCAGAAGAAGAGAUCCUGGAGAUGCGCCUGGCUUCUAUAUUGAUGCCCAUGUUAUAUAUAGCACGAGUGGAACACUCUAUUGUGGAUGUCAUAAAUUCGUCUCCCGUACCGCGAACUCUGCGUGAAAGUCCCACCGUUAUCUUUGGUUGGCUCUUAGUUGUUUUUGAGAUAUUGGAAGUAAUCGAAGUGAGAUUAUUUGUAAGGCAUGUUAUGGUUUGGACUCCUAGCGAUAAUGACGCUCUGGCAUUGUCAAGUCUAUCACUAAAACACCAUCUUACAAAGUAUUUUUGGCUAGUGUAUCGUUGCCCGCGACCUUAUAAAUCUUUCAAGCUUAUCUUUUCCAGCCAUUGCUGUACACAGAACCCAGUCUCUUGAGAAUCAAACGGUAAGUGGACUUGAAGGAACGGCACCACGAUAUCGGGACCUCAUUGAUCACUUCCCCCUUUUCUUCUCCUGCUUCUCUUCUUUUACCAAUCCGGCCUUUACAAACCCGUCCCUAGCUACGGCAUUGAUGAGCGCAAACCUUCUAGGUCCUAGCUGAAUACCGCCGUACCACCUCGUCACCACCACCAUGGCAUCCCAGAUAUCCAUGACCUGCAUCAGAUGCAACAUCCUUCCACCAGCAGCUGUCUCGCCGUCGUCAUCGCAGUCCUGGAAACUCGUAGCCCCGGGUCCGCGGAUCCGCCAUGCUGUCAUGUUGUGCGUGGCGCUGCGUAUGCGUUUGUCUGAUGAGAGCAAAAGUUGGACGUAGUAUCGAGCCUGAUCUGGCGAAGUAACUCGUGCAACAUGUGCUAAGAAUGUUGAUUUCGACUCUGUCACGAGAUCGGAUAGAAACCAUUCCGGAGGGGGAAAGUUUGGUUGCUCGUAGUCUUCUUCAGGUGUUGAUGGCGCUGGGGCCUCACUUUCGGGCUCUGGUUUCUGCUCCUGCGCACGCCGCGUGAACUCCUCCACGGCAUC